CCCAUUUUAUGGUCGAAUUCAGAACGGGCUCGCCAACAUCCAAUUCGGAUCGCUGAUUUUCCGUUCGGGUCGCCGUUUAUUAAGUCCCGUGGAGUAAACAAUCCACCGAAGAAACAGACAUGGCGAUUACUUGGCACCUCCUGUUUCUGCAAGUCUUCUGUUUCUGUCUCUUCUCAUCCUUUACUCCAUCGAACUCUUUGGGGACUGCCGAAGGUUCUACAAUUAAUGGCAGGGUAAAGAUUGAAGGUAUGGGAGCAAAAGGCCUUGGUCUUCCAGGAAAAUCUACAAAUGUUAAAGUCAUACUUAAUGGUGGCCAAAGAGUUGCUUUUAUCAGACCAGAUGGUUAUUUUUCUUUCCAUGGUGUACCGGCCGGAACACAUCUUAUUGAAGUAGCAGCUCUAGGUUACUUCUUUUCUCCGGUUCGUAUAGAUGUCAGUUCUAGAAAUCCUGGUAAGGUUCAGGCUGCAUUAACAGAAAACAGGAGGACACUGAAUGAGCUAGUGUUAGAACCUCUGCAAGAAGAAUCUUAUUAUGAGAUAAGAGAGCCCUUCUCCAUUAUAUCUCUUGUGAAGAGCCCCAUGGGUUUGAUGGUGGGCUUCAUGCUGGUUGCUGUUUUCCUGCUACCCAAACUGAUGGAGAACUUGGAUACUGAAGAAAUGAGAAGGGCCCAAGAAGAAAUGCAGAAUCAAGGUGUUCCCUCCCUUUCAAAUUUGUUGCCAGGGAGGAGCAAUAACUGAGAUCUCUGCUGGAAACAAGCUGGUGCUUCCUCAAACCUUUUCAUGCAAAUAUCUCAAAACGCAUCAAUGGGACUGGUGAUGGUUUUCCGCUACUGAGUUUAGGCGCCUUGCCCUCUUCAGUUCUCUCUGCCAUGUUUUUUUUUUUACUUGUUUUUUCAGUAGGUGAACUGGGUUCGAACCCUGAACCUCAGUUAUGUGGCAACAAGCACCUCUAGAUGAGCCAUUGGGCUUAAAUGCUUAUAGGUUAGGUUGGUUUUGUUCAUUCUUCAGAGAAACUUCCGACAUUGGAACUGUUGACCACCUUCAUGUAAUCCCGUUGUUUACCACUAGAGUAAACCCUAAAAGGGAUUUUCCCUUUCCGGAUCUGGAUUUAUAUCAUGUUGUGCAAAUUUCUUUCCAUGAACUACUAAUACAGGUUUUGGUACAUUACAUGAUUUA